AUGGCAGCCAGCAAUAGCCUUGCAUCCACUACAGUAAAUAAGGAUGGUGAUUUAGCUGAUAGUCCGAAGAAGUCACCUGAAAUUAAAACAAGGUUAUUGGUUGGUGAAGGUAAUUUUUCUUUUACUAGGGUGCUAUUAGAACAGCAUCCUUUUAAAAAAGAGGAAAUCGUUGCUACUGAGCUGAAAAAGGACUAUCAAAAAUUUUAUGUGAAACCUGAAGAUAGUGGCGAAGAUGAACCUGGAUACGACACGGAAGCACUUGAAUACCGUCAACGUGUCAAAAACUGCCUAAAAGAAUUGAAAUCAAUAAGCAACUUAACUCUUCAAUUCGGAAUCGACGCAACAAAACUCAAUACGCACUAUAAGGGUCGACGAUUUCAUCGAAUAUAUUUCAACUUUCCAUACAGAUCUGAAAGGGAGAGGACAGCGGAUAUGGUCAAAGACUUUUUUAUAUCUGCUAGAAAAGUACAAGAAGAAGGUGAUCAAAUACUGUUGACACUUGUAUGUCGACUCGGUAACGAAGAAAAAACAGCUGAAGAGCACCGCAUAUAUUGGCAUGGACUUACUUACGGCAUAGUAAAAGCAAGCGAGGCAGGUGGUUAUCGUUUGAUUAAAAAACGACGCUUCAGUGAUUCCACGAAUAACGAAGACCCACACCGUUAUGGUAAAAUGAAAUCUGAUAAUAAAUAUAUACAUGAGUGCACAGAUUCUUUACGCUCGUGCCAUUUUACUGACGAUGCACGACAAUAUGUAUUUGAAAAAGUGGAACGCUUCGAAUACAAUAAAGCAGAUAUUGUCUAUAGCGAAGAGGAUCGUGAUUGCCGCUACCCAUGUUUCAACGAAGAUAUGGAUACUAGUUCAGAUACAGAUGAUGAAUCUUGA